UCUAUGGCUCAUUUCAUUUGUAAAUAGUAUAGUGCGAAACAUGUACAAAAUGUUUGCUUUUAAAUGUGUAAUUUGUCUUAUUAGUGUAUUGUCCAUAUUAAUUUUACCUAGUAGUCAACAAAGUAGCAGACAACCAUGUAGAGAAGACGCGGACUGUUUCAAAAUUUCGGAAAAUUCAGUUUGUCUCGGAAACACGUUAGACACACGAGGUGAAUGUGCCUGCAAAUCAGGAUUCAAUAUGUUGCUGAGAAAUCGUACAUUUUUCUAUUGUGGAAAGAAUCUAAAUUAUUCAAAUCCUUGUUUGUAUAAAGAAGAGUGCACAUAUUUUGUUGGAUCUUUGUCGGUUUGUGAGUUCAGAUCUCCUGGCGACGGCGUAUGCUCCUGCGGUCCCGGAUCCCACUUGUACCAACCGGAGAUGAGGUGCUACAAAGACGUCCUGUUACACGACGUCUGCAGUUCUAGCGCCGAAUGUCGAUUAAGGGAUGACACAUACGCUAACUGCGUGGUGGGCCAUUGCACCUGCAACAGCGAUUCGGUCCCGAACGAGACGCGGGACCAGUGCGUGAUUUCGAAAAGGUUGGGCGACCAUUGCUCGUCCGAUUCGGACUGCAAAACCCCAAACUCCUACUGUGGCAACGAGAUUUGCACGUGCCGUCAGGGUUAUUCCGUUUGCAAACACCAAAGCUAUUGUUUGAGAGACGCAACCGAAAUCGGCGAUCCUUGCACCGAAGAUGUGCAGUGCGCGACCUAUUUGCCCGGCACGACCUGCUCGUACGAGAAGAAGUGCACGUGCGAUUUGGGCGAGCACUACACGGGCACCCAAUGCGUCGUGUCCAAGAAAGUGGGUGAAUCCUGCGAUUCGGACGCCGAAUGUGUGUACGACAAGAAACUGAAGGACCUCGUGUCCUGCGUGGAUAGACGGUGUGAGUGCGUUUACGGGCCCGGAAAUGAAACUAUGGAAUGUGGAAAUGGCGCAACCGUACCUCGGAUUGCUGUUAGUUCUGUGAUAAGUUUGUUUAUUUUUGUUCUUACGUUUUAUUGAUUUUUUUAAUUUCACCAC